GUUGAGAGUGUUGAGCGGUUUGUUGAUAAAAGAGCGACGGAGAGCCUGUGCCUGUGGAUGCAAAAGUUGAGAUCAAGGUCAAGCGGUUCCAUAGUGUAGCGGUUAGCACUCAGGAUUCUGACUCCUGCAACCCGAGUUCAAAUCUCGGUGGGACCUAUUUUUGCCUCGCCCCGUUGUGACAAGUUCCGUGCGCCUGCGCGCUCUCGGACCACAUCCAGGCCUCUCGCUGUCUUGUGCUGGCCUGCUCAGCACCAAUCCUCCCAGACCACCGCCUGCUCAAUGCCGUACUGCGUCGUUGGCCACGGCAGAGAGCCGUCGCCGUUCAAGCUCUACUACGAGCUCCACGGUGACACCCUCCAGCCAAGGAAACGACUCUUGUUCAUCGCCGGUUUGAGUGUCUCCUGUCAGUCUUGGGAUCAACAGUAUCCUGUUCUAGCGUCAACCCAAGGCUAUCUGUGUUGCAUCUUUGACAACAGAGGUGCUGGAUUCUCGGAAUGUCCCCCUGGCCCAUACAAGACAUCGGCGAUGGCUCAGGAUGUCCUUGAAUUGCUUUUACACCUCGGCUGGAGCAGCGAUAUCCAUCUUAUCGGCGUAUCGAUGGGCGGGAUGAUCUCCCUAGAGUUUGCAUCCCAGUUCCCUGAGUUUCUGGCCUCACUCACCCUGAUAUCAACAACAGCUGGUGCACCACCCAAGCUGAGUGCUAUCUUUGGCCUAUUCGGCGUGGCCACAAUUAGGGACCCCGAUAUCCGCUUGAUGAGAAAUAUGGAGCUAGUCUUCCCACAGGGAUUCUUGGCGAGUGCAUCGAGCGACCCUCGAUUCCCAACGCAGCGUGAGCGCAUAUUCCACAUCGCCAAACACAGAACCACCCUUACACGAGCAACCACCACGGCAGGGGCGGCUGCCCACAUUGCUGCUUCGUUGGGCCAUAGCGUGAGCGACUCUAGGCUAAACGCCAUACGAUUAUCGCUUCCUGGCAAGGUCCAAGUGCUCACUGGCACAUGGGAUAAGCUCGUUGACCCUUCGAAUUCCGCCCAUUUAGCCAAGGUUCUGGCUUGUCCACUCCACACUUAUAUUGGCGGAGGGCACAGUCUUCCAACUGAACAAGCCGACUGGGUGAACAAUCUCAUAUGUACGCUUUGCGAGCAGGAGUAAUCAAAUUGAUCGUUCUGACAUACCCGAACGGCCGCUCCUUGCAGAGUGACCAAGACUGGUGUUAGCUCCCAACGCAUUGGUCUCAGCAUGAUUCUUGGCGCACAUAUUACCACUUCUCGAUAAAGCUCCGGGUUGUAAGCUCGCCCACC